AUUGCCAACUCUCCGUCCACCCAAAAACGUUGUCCUCACUCCCCAACAGUCAAUCAUGGCGGCGCCAUUAGUUUUCCGGCCAGACCUCAACCUCUUCUGCCUCUCCGCAAUUUAUUUUCUUUUCAAAUGCUCACUCGCAGCCGCCGGAGACCUCCAAACCCUCCUAACCAUCAAAACGGCACUUCAAAGUUCCAACCCCAAGACAUUUGACACUUGGAAACAAGACAUUUCCGUCUGUAACUUCACCGGAAUCACUUGCGGCUCCGAUGGAUCAGUCAAAGAAUUGGAACUUUCUGGCCAGGGGAUCUCCGGUUCUGUGCCUUUUGAUUCUAUUUGCUCACUUGAAUCUCUGGAAAAGCUCUCUCUUGGAUUCAAUUCACUUUUCAGCGGACUAUCCAACGACUUGAAUAGAUGCGUUAGCCUGAGGUACUUAGACCUUGGGAAUAAUUUUUUCUCCGGCCCGGUUCCGGGAAUGUCGGCGCUGAAUGAGCUGACGCAUUUGCACCUGAAUAACAGUGGGUUCUCCGGAAUAUUCCCGUGGGAUUCGCUGAAGAACAUGACAAAACUGGAGGUCCUUAGUCUGGGGGAUAAUCCGUUCAACCGGACGAAGUUGCCGGACUUUAUUGUGAAGUUUACGAGUUUGAAUUGGCUUUAUUUAUCAAACUGCAGUCUUGAAGGGAAUAUCCCAAAAGGGAUAGGAAACCUCACAGAAUUGAUCAAUUUGGAGCUGUCCAUGAAUUACAUUACCGGCGAAAUCCCGGACGGAGUUACGAAGCUCCAGAAGCUAUGGCAGCUCCAACUAUACAACAAUGAGCUCACAGGAGAGCUACCGGCCGGGCUUGGCAACCUCUCAAAUCUUGAAUUCUUUGAUGCUUCAACAAAUUUCCUACACGGCGGUCUUUCCGAAAUUGGAAAGUUGGAUAGACUUAUAAGUUUGCAACUUUUUCAGAACGAAUUUACCGGCGUAGUCCCGCCGGAGUUGGGGGAGUUUAGGAAUCUGGUCAACAUUUCUGUCUACACGAAUAAGCUCAAUGGAUCUCUCCCUUCCAAGCUUGGGUCGAUGUCAGAUUUUUAUAUGAUAGACGCUUCUGAUAAUUUCUUCAGCGGACCUAUUCCGCCGGAGAUGUGUAAGCAAGGGAAGAUGAAGUUGUUCUUGCUACUCCAGAAUAACCUCACCGGAGAAAUACCCCAAAGUUACGCGAACUGCACAAGCCUGAGGCGUUUCCGGGUAAGCCAGAAUGACCUUUCCGGUGUGGUUCCUACCGGAAUCUGGGGACUGCCGGACCUCUUCAUUCUUGAUAUUGCGAACAACGGAUUGGAAGGUACUAUCACCGGCGAUAUCAAGAAUGCAAGAUCAUUGGCCCUGCUGUACGUCUCUAAUAACAGAUUGUCCGGUGAAUUGCCUUCGGAAAUUGGCAGUGCUUCUGCUAUGGUAUCGAUUGAUUUGAGCAUAAAUCAAUUUUCCGGCGAGAUUCCUACGAGUAUUGGCGUGUUGAAAUCGCUAGGGACGGUUUUGUUUUACACAAACAAUUUUUCUGGUUCAAUUCCGAAUUCGCUGGGCGAAUGUGUUUCUCUGAGCGACAUAAACAUGGCUUACAACUCUCUCAAUGGUGCAAUCCCUUCCUCGCUAGGAUAUCUGUCUACUUUAACUACACUAAAUCUGUCUGGGAAUAAACUUUCCGGCGAAAUCCCGGCGAGUUUGUCAUCCUUAAAGCUCAACCUCCUUGAUUUGUCCAACAAUACUUUGUCUGGUCCCAUACCGGAAUCCCUCUCACAUGAGGCAUACAACGGCAGCUUCACCGGAAAUUCAAGACUCUGUAGCCAGAAUAUCAAAUCCUUCAGAAAGUGUUCAAGGGAAUCGGGCAUGUCCCGUUAUUUCCGCACUCUCUUAAUUUUUCUGUCAGUUUUAUCCAGCACAGUUCUUGUUCUGCUGGCAUUAUUCUUCUACUCAAGGAAGAACAGUUACCGGGAGCGGUCAUUGAAGGAUGGAAAAUGGGAUCUUGUCUCUUUUGGGCCGCUGAGCUUCAAGGAAGAGGAAGUUCUCGACGCUAUCAAGGAAGAAAAUUUGAUCGGUGAAGGCGGGUCGGGUGGUGUCUACUUGGUCGCCCUCCAGAACGGAACAGAUUUAGCCGCAAAACACAUUUGGAAUCCCAGCAACACUGACCGGAGAAAUUCAAUCACAACCAGCACCACUCUUAUAAAACAUGGGGCAGUGUCGAAACAAUUUGAGGCGGAGGUUCAAACACUUAGCUCGAUAAGGCAUAUGAAUGUUGUGAAAUUGUAUUGCAGCAUAAUGAGCGAAGACUCAAGCGUGCUGGUUUAUGAGUAUAUGCCCAAUGGGAGCCUAUGGGACAGAUUACACACGUCUAAGAAGACAGAGUUGGAUUGGGAAACUCGUUAUGAGAUUGCUCUCGGAGCGGCAAAGGGAUUGGAGUAUCUUCACCACGGGUGUGACCGCCCCAUCAUUCAUCGGGAUGUCAAGUCGAGUAACAUUUUGCUGGACGAGUUUUUCAAGCCAAGAAUAGCGGAUUUCGGUCUUGCAAAGAUGAUGCAAUUCGACACGAGCGGGAAGGACUCAACUCAUGUCAUUGCAGGAACUCAUGGAUACAUAGCUCCAGAAUAUGGAUACACGCACAAUGUGAAGGAGAAAAGCGACGUGUACAGCUACGGAGUAGUACUGAUGGAGCUUGUAACGGGGAAGAAGCCGAUAGAGAGGGAGUAUGGAGAGAGCAACAACAUUGUGAGUUGGGUGAGCACCAAGUUGAAUAGUAGAGAGGCUAUAAUGAGCAUAGUUGAUUCUUCAAUUCCAGACUACCAUCAGCAAGACGCAAUGAAGGUUUUGAGAAUUGCAAUUUCAUGCACUAAUGCCCUCCCAAACUCAAGGCCAACCAUGCAGAGAGUUGUUCAGCUGUUAAGAGACGCUGCGCCUUGCAAGUUAAUCGGCGAAAAAUGGUUGGUGAACUCCCAAAAAGAUAUAUUACCGCCCGAAGGUUUGGUUUGAUUUGGACCAGUUCAAGAAUGGGAAUGAGUAUAUUACCCAAAUGCAUCAUUUUUACUGCCCGGAGGGGUGAUCACUCCGUGUUUGAAAUCCAAGUCCAUCUCUAUCUCAGCAAGUGAUCAAAUGCAGUUUAAAAUGUCUUGAUGUAUAGUUCUAAUCUUUUUGUAUAAAUUGUACUGCAUUUUUAUUAUACUCCGUAUGAAAAUUCAGUAGCCUUUUACACUUCAAUUCCCUUUGCUGACAACUGACAUGGUGCAAACAUGCCAUGGUGUUCCAAGUCUUUUUCCAAUCGGG